AUGAAGUUUAUUCCUCUCUUUGACGAGGUGACAAGUGCACUCAAUUUUUCUUCUCCUGCCUGCCAUGUCAUCGGAGGGUGCGAUCUCUAUACAACUAAAGCUGCUGGCUCUGACAAAAAGCUCUAUCGAAAUAUCCAGAACUAUCUCGAAUCUCAACAUAGAAAUACUCGCAAAUUAUCAACCUCGACCUCAGCUCCCGAACUUGACCUUUCAUAUCAUCUCCUGCAACCUCGACCUAGUCCAUUCGGCUCACUUAGCCAAGUGUCAAGUCGCCGUAUUUUUGCUUACCUUAUUGCCACCCUCAACGCCAGCCAUCCAGAUUACGAUUUUUCCCACGUACUUCGGCCCGCAGACUUUUGUAAAGAAAAAAGUAUAGAGGCUGUAAUAAGCACCAUAGAUUCAACCCUUAAUAACUUAAAACCCCAUUCAGGCGGUACUGCGAAAGCUUUUCCCAAGACAUCCUACACCGCUACUUCGCUGCCAAAUUCUCAUACGUGGGGACCACAAAUGUGGUCCAUUAUUGAUAAGGAGAUGGUACUUCGGGAUUGCUCCGUUUACUGUUGGGCGCCACGCGAUGAGCCGUUUGACGGCGAUGAAGGCUCUAUAUGGAGUUUGAACUACUUCUUCUUCAAUAAAGAGCUUAAACGUGUUGCUUACAUACACGUGAGAGCUAUCCCAGCAACAACACCUUGUGGAAACAAGUACGGUGGGGAGUUCAAAAGGUGUAUAAAUGAUGACGAAACUGGUGCAAUGAAACGAGCUAGAUACUGGCUUGGCAAUCGAGCUGCUGACAUAACUAAUUUCGAAGGCGUAGACCAAGAUCAUUAUGAUGAGAAUUUGCGGUGCAGCGAUGAUGAUUGUGAUACCGAGAGCUUCGUUAUUUCCGUUAACAGUCAUAAUAGCUGUGGUGAAGAUACUUCAGUAGGGUACCAAGAAUGCGGGCAGAAAUUUCACCAUGUAGGCAAUAAAAGAAGGUGCAUUAAUACAGGUGACUAG